UCUAAUUUUUACAAGGUACUAAAGUGAAUGAUAAAGUCAGUAUAUACGUCGAUGUAAGCGGAAAAUGUAAAAGAGGGUUGAAUAAACUAUAUGAGUGUCCUAAAAAAAUAUUUAUCGGUAAUGGAAUUUGCAAAAUGUCGAGACAUCAACUUUUUGGCGCCAAUUUAAAUCCAACAGGGAUAGCUGUUGAAAUAACCGAUACAAUAUCUGGAUGUUUGCCGUUAAAUGAAUAUGAUGUAUUACCUGAAAAUUCGUUUUUAUUGCAAAAUAUUCCGUCAGUUAUUUGUGUUCGUACAUUAAAUCCUACUCAUGACGAUGUGAUUUUAGAUAUGUGUGCUUCCCCUGGCAAUAAAACUACCCAUAUUGCCAACUUAAUGAAAAAUAAGGCUACUUUAAUAGCAAUUGACAAAACUCCAUCGAAAAUAGAACGUCUUAGAACAAAUUGCAAUAAAUUUAAUACAAAUGUACACAUUUUUCAAGCAGAUUCAACAAAAAUCUUUGAUGGAACUUUGGAUGAAUCUAAAAGUGUUGUCAGUGGUCCCCCUUUUUGUGGGGAAUCGUUUGAUAAAAUACUUUUGGAUGCUCCUUGUAGUGCUCUAGGGAAAAGACCUCAAUUUCCAUGUAAAAUUAAUAAUAAUACACUCAAGUCUUUUGUACCACUACAAAGAAAAUUAUUUGAAGUGGCUGCAAAUUUAUUAAAACCAGGUGGCACUCUUGUGUAUAGCACUUGUACAAUAACCGUAGCCGAAAAUGAAGAAAUUGUUGCAUGGGCAUUAAAAAAAUUUUCUUCUUUAAAACUUGUAAAAGUCGAAAACUCCUUUGGCACUAGAGGAUUUUUCGUUAAUGGCUUAAAUGAUGAGCAACUUUCAUGUCUUCAAAGAUUUGAUUCCGACUGUGACAUUGAUUCGGUUGGUUUUUUCAUAGCAUGUUUUGUAAAACGGUAGUUAUCAAUAAAAAUGUCCCCAUUA